UUUAGCACGGGCGAACCAGCGACAUUUUUGCGCUAGGAACUCGUUUUUUGGAUUAUUAGCUGUAGCACGGACUAACCACAUUUAUUUGCGUGAAUUAAUUUAGAAAAUUUAGAUCUUUAUUUCGUAACAUUGUAUGAUUUGUGGAAACAAAUUUCCCUCGAGCUCAAGUUUCCACCGGCGUGUAAACAUCGACGCAACCCGGAAGCGACAACUUCUCGUAGCUGACUUAGCUUUAGCAUCAGCUAACCAUCUUCGUACGUGCCACUUUUGCAGCAUGGAGAACACGACCGACGGGACGUGGGAUAGUUUAGCUGGAAAACUAAACGACAAGAUCUUAGAGACGCUCCGGGAACUCAAAUUUACGCACAUGACGCCCGUGCAAGCUGCCUGUAUCCCACUUUUUAUGAGCAACAAGGAUGUCGCUGCUGAGGCGGUGACUGGGAGUGGAAAGACAUUAGCGUUUGUCAUUCCCGUUCUGGAAGUUCUGCUCAGGAGAGAAGAGAAGCUCAAGAAGAUGCAGGUGGGCGCGCUGGUGGUCACGCCCACGCGCGAGCUGGCCAUGCAGAUCAGCGAAGUGAUCGGACACUUCCUCCAGAAGUUUCCGCAGUUCACGCAGAUGUUGAUGAUCGGCGGCAACAACCCGAUGGAGGACGUGGAGAAGUUCAAGGAAAACGGGGCGAACAUCGUGGUAGCCACGCCCGGCCGCCUGGAGGACAUGUUCCGCCGGAAGGGCGACGGCGUGGACCUGGCCGGCUCGGUCAAGAGUCUGGACGUGCUGGUUCUGGACGAGGCCGACAGACUUCUGGACAUGGGCUUCGAGAACAGCCUGAACGCCAUCCUGAGCUUCCUGCCCAAGCAGCGGCGCACCGGCUUGUUCUCGGCCACGCAGACGCAGGAACUGGACAAGCUGGUCCGAGCCGGACUGCGGAACCCGGUCCGCGUCGCCGUUAAGGAGAAGGGCGUCGCGGACGGCGCCGCCCGGAGGACGCCGUCCGCGCUAAGCAACUACUACACGGUGAGUGGCGCUGGCGGCGGCGGGCCGCGCGGGGACGCUCACGCGGUGUUCCGUCGUCUUCUACAGGUCUGCCGCGCUGAACGCAAGUUCAACGCGCUGGUGGCGUUUCUACGGCAACACAAACAUCAGAAGCAGCUCGUCUUCUUCAGCACGUGCGCCUGCGUGGAGUACUUCGGCCGCGCUCUGGAGACGCUGGUGAAGAGGGUCCCCGUCCACUGCAUCCACGGCAAGAUGAAACACAAACGCAACAAAAUCUUCGCCGACUUCCGAGCCGUCAAAAGCGGCAUCCUGGUGUGCACGGACGUCAUGGCCCGCGGCGUCGACAUCCCGGACGUCAACUGGGUGCUGCAGUACGACCCCCCCAGCAGCGCCAGCGCCUUUGUGCACCGCUGCGGUCGCACGGCGCGCAUCGGUAACCGCGGCAACGCUUUGGUCUUUCUGCUGCCCAUGGAGGAGUCCUACGUCAACUUCCUGUCCAUCAACCAGAAGUGUCCUUUGGAGAAAAUGCCCGCCGUGAGCGACGUGGUGGACGUGUUGCCCAAAGUGAAGGCGCUGGCGCAGGCGGACCGCGCCAUGUUUGAUAAGGGCAUGAAGGCUUUCGUGUCAUACGUGCAGGCCUACGCCAAGCACGAGUGCAGCCUCAUCUUCAGGGUCAAAGAUUUGGAUUUUGCGUCAGUGGCCCGCGGCUUCGCGCUCCUUCGCCUGCCCAAAAUGCCAGAACUGCGCGGGAAAAGUUUCCCCGACUUCCAGCCGGCGCCGCUGGACACGGAGAACAUUCGCUACAAGGACAAACAGCGCGAGAAGCUGCGGCAGAAAACGCUGGCCGAGCUCAAACUGCGGCGGCGGGAGGGCGUCGACGACCGCGCGGCCAAGAAACCCGUCCGGAACCAAGCCUGGUCCAAACAGAAGGCCAAGAAGGACAGACGCAAGAAGAACGCCACCAAGAGGAAACACGCACAGUCCUCCGAUGACGAAGACGAAAACACGGAGGAGCUCCUGAAGGACACUCGUCUGCUCAAGAAACUGAAGAAGGGGCAAAUCUGCGAGGAGGACUUCGAGCGCGAGAUCACCGGCGGGGCGGAUCAUUAAAGACGCUUUCCUUGUU